AUGCAAAGAGAUCGAUUUGUUAACUUGCGACGAUGGAUUCGAUUUGAUGAGAGAGAAACAAGAAAUCAAAGACGGUUUGAAGACAAAUUUGCACCUUUAAGAAAUAUAAUGGAAAUGUUUACUACUAAAUGUAAGAGCAACUACAAUCCAAGUGCAUAUCUUACUGUUGAUGAGCAAUUAGUUACAUUUAGGGGACGUUGUCCAUUUAAGAUGUUUAUACCUACUAAGCCAGGAAAGUAUGGAAUGAAGAUAUGGAUAUUAUGUGAUGCUGAAACUUCUUACUGCAUAAAUUUGCAACCGUAUAUUGGUAGAAUAAAUGGAGUACGUGACGUUGGACAAAUUACACGAGUAGUUCUUGAACUAACUGAUCACUUAAAUGGAAGUGGUAGACACAUAACAGCUGAUAAUUUUUUUACAAACAUUCAUCUUGCACGUGCAUUGCUAGGACAUAAAAUGACAUACACUGGCACCAUUAAAAAAAAUAAAGGAGAAAUACCAAAAAAGUUAUUGCCAGCCUUACAUCGACCAGUUUAUUCUAGCAUUUUUGCUUUUCAAAAUGACUCUACUAUUGUUUCUUAUGUACCUAAGAAAAACAAAGCAGUAAUAUUAUUAUCAACCUUCCAUCACAGUAAUGACAUUGUUAUGGACCAUAAUGAAAAACCGUGUAUUAUUCUAGAUUACAACAAAUAUAAAGGUGGAGUUGACACAUUAGACCAGGUUGUCAGGUGCUAUUCGAGUCGCCGAAAAAAAAUGGAAAAAUCAAAAGAAGUCAAUUCUGAUACAAGAGGAACUUCGUGGUCAAAAGUUGUAUCAGGGGCUGCCAAAAAAACAAAUGACCAACUAUCUCUUCUUUUUGAAACCACAAAGGAACGUAAAGACCAAGAACGGAGAGAAACAAACGUUAUCAUCUAUGGACAAGAAGCUACCCAAUGUUCUUCUCAGACGGAAAAACUAGAAAAUGACAAAUCGCAACCUGUAAUAAUCGGUGUUGAUGUUAACAACGAAAACAAAAACAAGUCAAAUGUUUAA